GCGUCCAAUUAAUGCAUUUUUCCUCAGCUAUAAUUAUACGUAAUUUUAAUAGACGCUUCUGCAUCCGCAAUAUAAUAGGACUGAAUUUGUUAGUGAGCUUUCCUCCUCAUGAAAAGUUUGAAGCGAAUAUCGUGGAUUUUGUAGUUCCUCCAUACAUCCCUAUUAAUUUUUGUUGAUUCGACCCAAAUCUACGAACAAACCAACGUUUUUUUCAACAUGAGUCAAUAUCACCCCUUUGAGGAGUUGUAAAAAACAUUUAUUGCGAGGAUUAGAGUCAUUCACAUUGGAUAUUUAAAUCUUCCGUUUAAUUAAGUCCAAGGAGGGAUUAAGGCCCGUCAUGUCACCAGCUGAACCAAUAAAGGCCACAGAGACUACCCCUCAGCGGCUUGAGGAUGGAGUUCAGCAGCUAAAAGUGUGGCUCACCAAACAACCCCACCUUCCGAAUGUGGAUGACGAGGAAUGGCUCGCCACAUUCUUGUGCCAUUGUAAGCUCAGCGUGGAGAAAGCGAAACACAAAUUGGAUGGAUAUUUCAGCGUCAGAAACAAAUAUCCUCACAUACUGAAGAACCGCAACCCUAUAGAUCCAGAGAUCAUCCUCGCGGGCAAGGCCUGCACCAUAGCCAUCUCGAGCCGGCUCACCACUUCCGGCGCCCGGAUCUUCCACUUCAAGGCGAACGGAGACCCGAGCAUGUUCGACAUCGACGCCCAGGCGAAGCGGGUGUGCAUGAUCAUCGACGCCACGUACCUGGAACGCGACAGACACGUCAACUACGCGUGUGUCUUCGACCUGCGCAACAUACACUACUCGUACUUCCUCAAGACUCUGACGCGCUUCCCUCAGGUGAUCGACAUCCUCCUCAGAGGCUACUCGGACCGGAUCGUCUCCUUCAACGGUAUCAACGCCCCGCCGUUCAUCGGGAAGGUCGUAAGCACGUUCAAGAAAUACCUCCCGCAGAAGAUCGGCAACAGGAUUCACAUUCACGAAGAGGUUUCCCAAUUACUGGAGUGUGAGUGGGUAGACGCGGAGGUUCUUGCCAAGGAGUUCGGCGGCCAGGGGUCCAGUCUCAAUGAAUACGACGAGUUUACCAAACGCCUUUUGGACAAGCACGCAGGGUGGUUUGCAGAUCAGGAGUCCAUUUGUUCGAACGAAGAGCUCCGACCGAAAGACAGGAACAAUCCGGGACAACUCCAAGGCUCCUUCAGAAAAUUGGAAGUCGAUUAAUUGAUUUUUUUAACCAAAUCCUAUAUACAUUGUAAAUAUUUAUGAGGAAAAAAAACACUAAAAAGUGUCCGGAAAUUGUAUGUUAUAACAAGGUGGAGAAAUUGUGUUUGGUCGACUCCAUUUCGCGGGAAUAUCAUCUUAAUAUUCCAAUGUAAACUGCCUGAGCUGAACACUCUCCCCCCUCAGUUUUGUACUGAUACUCAUUAGAGUUGAAUAAAAUUAUUUUUGACUCUAAUUAUAAUUUUUGGAACUUCUUGGCUUUUUUCCCCGCGAAAUGGUGUGGAUCCAGCACCAUUUCUCCACCUUGUAAAUAUUAUUGAUAAGGUUUAGUUUCGUUGAGGUUGAAGUUGAAUAAAACGUUGAAGAUUAACUUCAUUCUCUUCACUGAGAGAUCUAUGUACAGUUUGUGUCUCAUAAUUUUUGUAUUAUCACAAGUACAUUGCAUAAUCUCGAA